AAGAAAACCAAAGUUAUUGAAGUAAAAAAUGAAGGCAGUAAUUAUAUUCACAAUUAUUGGCAUUUUUGCUGUGUCAGCAAAUGGCUCAUCGCUUAAUUCCUCGCCAGAUCUUAAUCCAUUAGAUUAUUUAAAUUUUGGUGAUAUAUUUCAUAAGUACAUGCAAGCCUUUAAGCGUAUAAUGCCCUGCGGAUAUGCCCCCUGGAAUGUACCGAUUUUAGCUCCAUAUACCGUUGAUCAUUGGGAUUUUGAUUACAGUGGUGAUGAUUACAGUCUUGUUGGAUCUCUCUCAAAUCUCUAUGUUGAAGGCAUAAAUGAUUGGCAAACACUUCAAACUUCUUAUAACACAACCACUCAACAAUAUAAGUACGAUGUUUUCCAUAGUAAUCUUCAAAUUCUUGCAGAAUAUAAAAUCAAUGCUACAGUAACUAUUGCUAGUAUGCCUUUUACGUAUGUCGGAGAAGGUGUCCUCAACUGGAAGUUCACUGAUUCACGUGCAAUCGCUGGUUUCACUUUCCAAUCUAUUAAUGAUAAUCAAGUUGGCUUAGAAAUUACCGAUUUUAAAAUGCAAGUAUUGUUGGGGAAUGUGCAAGCCAAUAACUGGAAUAAUUAUUGGAAUAAUGAAGUGAAUAACUUUGUCAACCGUUGGUUACGUAAAUACGUACUUUUAUGGACUGAAGAAGCACAAUCUUAUAUUCCAACUGUCUUUGCAAAAUAUGUGCUUCCAAGUUUAAAUCCUACUCUUGCUGAACUUAGUAUGACCGAACUUCUCGAAAUAUUAGUUGGCCUUACUAUGGAAUUAGAUGAAGUUAAAUGUUAAAUUUUAGAUAUUUAAUAAAUA